GGCACAACACCUGACUCUAAUUAAAACCUCCUGAAGCAGGUGUGACCCUCCGCCACGCCAGAGGCCUCUCGCUGAUCUCUUUUACAUGGCGCCACGAUAAAGAAUUAAAUCGACCAGGUGGUAGCUUAUUUUUAUCAAACGGUACUCGUUAAAAUGAAGGUACCGGAGGAGGAAUCCAUGAGUGACAUUUUGAAGCGGCUGACGGGCGAGUCCGCGCUCCCUGUCUACUGCAACAUCGAGAAGUUCAAACGAGGACGGGACAAUUUAUACUUCGUGGCCGAGGACUUCAGCGAAACUGUGAAAAAACGAGAGUUGGUCAACGCCAAAGAACGAAUGAGAAUCAGGAACUUGAAUACCAUGUUCUCUCGCUUGAAAAGGAUGGUGCCACUGAUGCGACCAGACCGAAAGCCCAGCAAAGUGGACACACUCAAAGCUGCCACAGAAUACAUUCGACUGCUGCUUGCAGUUUUGCAGGAAACUGACAGUUUGCUGAGCAUGUCAGAGGAACAAAUUGAUGAUGGAUUCACUUUACCCCCUGAACCGGUGACAGACGAUGGAGAGAUGACCAGACUGAUGUUGCAGCACUGUGUGAUGCCAACAUACCAGUUCAUCAUCCAAGUAGCUCCUGAUCAGCCUGUGCUCUGCACUUCCACCGGCCAGGGCCCCGAGGAAUACGGCAUCCUUAAUGCCAGGUGUCUCUCUGGGCUGGUGUGA